AAGUCGGAAGUAUCAUGGUGGCUAGUGCAACAGUGAAUACAAACCCCACUCUUCGGUACUGCGUCCAUAUUAAAGUAAGCCAAUGAAAACAAUUGCAGUCUUUGGAGGGGGGAUUGGGGGUUUAGCAGCAUCUUACUACUUGUGCAAGAGCCCCCAGGUUACCAAGGUCAUUAUACUUGAGUCCAGCAGUCGCUUUGGAGGUUGGCUGUGGUCUACCAGGAGGUCAGAUGGGGCGAUAUUUGAACAUGGACCCAGAGGGAUCAGACCUGCUGGGGCAGUGGGAUGCAACACACUCAAUAUGGUGGAUGACCUGGGUCUGGGCGGGGAGAUCCUGCCAGUCACCUACAGCCAUGUUGCCUCCAAGAACAGAUAUCUGUAUGUCAACAGACAGCUCCAUAGGAUGCCUUCAGGAAUCAGUGGGCUUUUGCGGACUGUUCCACCCUUCUCUCAUCCCCUCCUUUUGAGUGUUGCCUUGGAGAUACUAGUGAAGAAAGGCAAGGAGGAUGAUGAGUCGGUCCAUUCAUUUGUUUCACGGAGGCUGGGAAAGGAGCUGGCAGACAUAGCUGUGGACAGUUUGUGCCGUGGUGUGUUUGCGGGGGACUGCAGAAAGUUGAGUGUGCGUUCUUGUUUUCCUGUCUUGCACAACGCAGAGAAGAGCAGAGGUUCCCUGACUCUAGGCAUGCUGCUGGGCUCAGGUCCCUCUUCUGUGGUCCCCCCUGGCCCUCUGGCGCAAAGAUCUAUGAAAGAGUCAUGGGCCCAGUGGUCCCUGAGCAGGGGACUGGAAUCCCUCCCAGAAUCCAUUACAGAGCACCUACAACAGACGGGGAAGGUAGAGCUUCACAGAGACGCAGCUGUGGAACACAUCAGUCCUUCAGCCUCUGGUUGGAAGAGGAGAGAAUCGAUUGCUGCACGUCUUCGGGUCAACAUAAAGAGAGAUGGCAGGAUCACAGUGGAGGAUGGAGUCAUAUCAGCGGAUCACAUCAUCUCUGCACUGCCUGCUAAAGCCCUCUCCUCAGUCCUGCCCUCCUCCUGUCAACCUCUCAUCCAGCUGCUGCAUGACAUCGCCACAGUAACAGUCGCUGUGGUAAAUCUGGAGUAUGAGGGUUCCAUCCUGCCUGUAACGGGUUUUGGUCACCUGCUUCCAUCAUCAGAGGAUCCAGGUUUACUGGGGGUUGUCUAUGAUUCUGUUCCCUUCCCUCAACACAACAGAUCUAAUGGACAGACAACUAGACUUACGGUGAUGAUGGGUGGGGCCUGGUUCCAGGAAGUGUUUGGGGCCCCAGAAGCAGUAACAGAUGAGCGUCUUUUAGCAAGAGCCACUGAGGCAGUGCAACACCACCUGGGAGUAACCACAGCACCCAGCUGGAGUCGGGUGAAUUUACACAGGUUAACGUAAGUUGGUGCUCCCAGUCCCAAGGACAUUGAAGCUGAGGGACAGACUAACCCCAGUUGUGAUGAGGAGGAGGAUGAGACCAGAAAUAUGACAGGUGCAAUGUGAAGGCAUAGUCUACUAUGCAUUACAUUUUAGCCAGAGGAAAACCUUUUUAGUAGUACUAAGUGGGAUUUUUUUGUUGUAGUAAUAAGUUGACUAAAAGGGCAGACAAUUAUAUUGUGCAUAAAAUUAGAUGCAUUAGGAUAGAGUCAUAUGCUCUUAUUUUAAGUUAAAUAAUAAGCACAUAGCCAUUUGUGGCCAAUUCAUUAUUGCAUUUAUUUUAUAGUCUGGAAUUAAAUAAUAACUGCUGAUUUUCUUAUGCAGUUGAUUCUGAGGACAGCGUUUGUGUACUGUGUACAAGCAUAUAGAGGAUUAUAGGUAGAAAGGUGUGGGUUGGUGUGUGGGCCGGUGCGCCUGAAUGUCCCAGGCUUUAAUUUGUGUCCCAGUCCGUCCCUGGCCUUGUCUCUUAUACAACAUAUGUGAACAUGUAAAGAUACUUUAUUUGCACUUAAUUAUACAUUCAUACUUUUGUUUUUGUGCAAUCUUAUAAUUCUGCAUGUGACCACCACUAGAGUAAAUCUAAAAGAAAUCAGAUAUGAGCAUUUAGAAGCUCAUUUUUCCACCAAAAAAACAAUCAAGGAGCAUAACCCUGGGACCCCCUAGCAGGUGCCGGGUCUCGUAUCCUUCUCACCUUUUUCACCCCUGACCCAUUUUCAUGCCUGUAAUCAGUUCAUCGUUAAGUGAACAUUUGUGCUUCAGAUGAAGUAAUCCCCUCAAGUUGUUCUUGAGAUAUCACAUUCACAAGAAUGGACAAAAAAUUUACAGUGACCUUGACCCUUGACCCCCUACAGCUACUCAUGAACAAUGAACAAAUUAGAAGAAAUUCCCUCAAAGCGUUCCUGAGAUAUCACGUAUGUCUGUCUGUCCAUUGGACAACCUGAAAACAUACUGCCUCCGCCCACGGCUAUUGCUGGCACAGAGACAUAAAAAUGCACUCAGGAUUCUCUGUUGCUAAGUUAGUAUUUCAUCAGAUUGUUGGAGGGAAACAGAUUCUUUACAGCAG